CCCUCCCCCCAGAACCUUCAACUGUCACGCACCAGACUAGCCACCAAAAUGCUGUACUCCUCAGUGUAUUCGGUGUUCGUCGAUAAGGGGAUGGCGGCUCGCAUCAGCCACAACAGACUCAAGGCCAAAGGCAUGGGCCAACACCACAACGCCCACGACUACAGAAACCAGAGCUUUGAGGACCUGCGAGAGUUCUGUCUGAGGAAGGGGGAGCUGUUCGAGGACCCCGUAUUUCCGGCCGAACCCACUUCUCUGGGCUUCAAGGACCUGGGCCCCAACUCCAAAAACGUGCAGAACAUCUGCUGGCGGCGGCCCAGUGAAAUUACAAGCAAUCCUCACUUCAUCCUGAGCGGGGUCAGCCCCACGGACAUCUGCCAGGGGGUGCUCGGGGACUGCUGGCUGCUGGCUGCCAUCGGCUCCCUUACCACGUGCCCCAAACUGCUGUACCGCGUGGUGCCCAAGGGGCAGAGCUUCAAGAAAAACUAUGCUGGCAUCUUCCAUUUUCAGAUUUGGCAGUUUGGGCAGUGGGUAAACGUGGUGGUGGAUGACCGGCUACCCACCAAGAAUGGCAAGCUGUUGUUUGUGCACUCAGGCGAGCGCACUGAGUUCUGGAGUGCCCUCCUGGAGAAGGCGUAUGCCAAGCUGAGCGGGUCCUAUGAAGCGCUGUCGGGGGGUAACACGGUGGAGGGCUUUGAGGACUUCACAGGGGGCGUGACCCAGAGCUUCCAACUGCAGAGGCCCCCGAAGAACCUGCUGAGAAUGCUUAGGAAGGCCGUAGACCGAUCUUCUCUCAUGGGUUGCUCCAUCGACAUCACCAGCGAGAGCGAGCUGGAAUCCGUGACCCAGAGGAUGCUGGUGAGAGGACACGCCUACUCGGUGACCGGCCUCCGCGAUAUCUCCUACCAAGGCAAAAUGGAAACCCUCAUUCGGGUCCGGAAUCCCUGGGGCCGGAUGGAGUGGAAUGGAGCCUGGAGUGACCAUGCCAAGGAGUGGGAAGAGGUGUCCCCAAACAUUCAGAAGCAGCUGCUGCACAGGAUGGAGGACGGGGAGUUCUGGAUGUCCUACCAAGACUUCAUGAAGAACUUCACUUCCCUGGAGAUCUGCAGCCUGAUGCCCGACGCGCUCCUGGGCGACUACAAGAGCUGCUGGCACACCACCUUCUACGAGGGCAGCUGGCGGCGGGGCAGCACGGCGGGGGGCUGCAGGAACCACCUCGACACGUUCUGGACCAACCCCCAGUUCAGGAUCUCUCUCCCCGAGGAGGACGAUGACCUAGAGGAGGAUGAAGUCAUCUGCACCUGCCUCAUAGCCCUGAUGCAGAAGAACUGGCGGCAGGCGCGGCCCCAGGGGGCCCCGCUGCUCACCAUUGGCUUCGUCCUCUACAAGGUCCCAACGGAGUUGCAGGACACCCAGGAUAUUCACUUGAAGAAGGAGUUCUUCCUGAAGUAUCCGGACCAUGGCUUUUCAGAGAUCUUCACCAACGCACGGGAGGUGAGCAGCCAUCUCCAGCUGCCCCCAGGGGAAUACAUCAUCAUCCCCUCCACCUUUGAGCAGCACAAGGACGCCGACUUCCUGCUUCGGGUCUUCACAGAGAAGCACAGCGAGUCCUGGGAAAUGGAUGAAGCCAACUGUGCCGAGAUACUCCAAGAGGAGGUCAUCUCUGAGAGUGACAUAGACCCGGACUUCAAGCGUCUGUUUGAUAUAGUGGCAGGAGGAGAGGACAAGGAGAUAGGCACGUACGAGCUCCAAAGGCUGCUCAACAAGGUGAUCUCCAAACUCAGCAACUUCAAGAGCAAGGGCUUCGGCGUGGACGUGUGCCGCUGCAUGAUCAACAUCAUGGACAAAGAUGGCUCUGGCAAGCUAGGGCUUCGGGAGUUCCAGCUCCUGUGGAGAAAAAUCAAGAAAUGGACGGACAUUUUUCAAGAAUGUGACGAGGAUAACUCGGGCACCUUGAACUCCUAUGAGAUGCGCUUGGCAAUCGAGAAAGCAGGCAUCAAGGUGAACAACAGGGUGGCGCAGGUGCUGGUGGCCAGGUAUGCAAAUGACGACAUGCUCAUGGAUUUUGACAGCUUCAUCAGUUGUUUCCUGAGGCUGAAGGCCAUGUUCACAUACUUUCUAACUAUGGACCCCAAGAAUACUGGCUAUAUCCAUUUGGACCUGAACGAGUGGCUGCAGAUAACCAUGUGGGGAUAGCGGGGCUGCAGGAGCCCGGCUACCUACCACCACCAACAACCUGCAAUCUCUACACUCUCGACUCUGCAGUCUCUGCUGAUGGAAUGGGCAGCUGGGUCCUGGAGGCCAUGCCUACCCCAUCCUCGCACCUCCGCGCCCAGCUCCCGGCUCAGCGUUUCUGUUUUUCCCCAGCCGGGCUCCUGGAUUUACCCCCCAGCCUCUCCCUCUCAGCGUCCUUUAUUAAAGACUAAGUGAUACUU